AUGUCGCAAGCUGCAUUUGAUAAAGCUGCUGAAGAAGUAAAAAAUCUCAGCAAAAAACCAUCUGAUGAUCAAUUAUUGAAACUUUACGAAGCCACUGUUGGGGAUAAUACUACAGCGAAACCAGGCAUGUUCGAUCUUAAAGGCAAAUACAAAUGGGAAGCUUGGGAGUCCAACAAAGGCAAAGCUAAAGAAGCUGCUCAAAGUGAAUAUGUUGCUUUCGUUGAAGAACUCAAAGCUAAACAAUAA